CGACGAAGGGCUGCUGUUACGGCACUCCUAAUUCAGGAAGCGUCGCUGCGCAGAUUGCCUCGUGCGCGCGCUUGCGAGUGCCCCCUGUGCCUGAUAGCGGGGCUGAGGGAAAGGGGCGUAGCCUGUGCCAUGGCAGGCCCGCGCGGCUGGUUGUUGUCAGUCGCUGGCAGCGGGUUAUGGCGACGGCGGUGGUGAAUGAAUUCUCCAGGCGGGAGAGGGAAGAAGAAGGGCUUAGCCGCCUCCAGCUCCCCGACUCGGGCCGCCGGGACUUCCUCUCCGCCCGGGGCCGGGCCGGCUCCCUCCGUCCAGCACCACCAGCACCACCACCAACAGGCAGCUGCGGCGGCGGCGACGGCGGCGGCUUCCCCUCACAAGCGCAACCUCUACUACUUCUCGUACCCGCUGUUCGCCGCCUUCGCCCUGCUCCGCUUCCUGGCCUUCCAGCUGGGGCUGCUGUUCGCCUGGCUGUGCGAGCGCCUUUCCCGCGGCGGCGUCCUCAUGGCAGCCGCCAAAGGCACCGCCAGGGCCGGCGCCGGCGAUGCUCCCGAGACUGUGCGAGCCUGCCACAAGCGCGCCUUCGAGUGCAUCUCCACGGCGCUGCGCAUCGACGAAGACGAGGGGGCAGGACAAAAGGAACAAGCUGUUGAAUGGUACAGAAAGGGGAUUGAAGAACUGGAAAAAGGAAUAGCUGUGCUAGUUACUGGUCAAGGAGAUCAUUGUGAUCGAGCUCGCCGUCUCCAGUCUAAAAUGAUGACAAAUUUGGCAAUGGCCAAGGACCGUUUGCAGCUGUUAGAGAAGAUGCAGGCAGUUAAGCAAAUUCCCAAGCUGCAAAUGGAAAUCUGUAAUGACAGUACUAACCUGGUAUGCCGCAAUGGACAUCUCCAGUCAGAAAGUGGAGCUGUUCCAAAAAAGAAGGACCCAUUGACUCAAACGAGUAACUCACUCCCUCGUUCAAAAUCUGUGGCAAAAACUGGAUCUGUGGGGCUUUCAGGGCACCAAAGGACACCUAGUUAUAGUGGAAUAUCCAAUUUUUCUGUACCAAGACAAGGAACUGUUCCCGCAGCUUCAACUCAGAAGGCUACUCCAAAAAAUAAUAGAGCCAACAAGCCUUCUACUCCUACAACUGCUGUGCGAAAAAAGAAAGACAUGAAGGUUUUUAGAAAUGUGGAUAGUAAUCUUGCUAAUCUUAUUCUCAAUGAAAUAGCAGACAGUGGGCCAUCUGUCAAAUUUGAUGAUAUUGCUGGGCAAGAGCUGGCUAAGCAGGCACUGCAAGAAAUUGUCAUUCUUCCUUCACUUAGACCUGAGCUGUUUACAGGGCUUAGGGCUCCUGCACGUGGAUUGUUGUUGUUUGGCCCACCAGGAAAUGGAAAGACGAUGUUGGCCAAAGCGGUGGCUGCAGAAUCAAAUUCAACUUUCUUUAACAUAAGUGCUGCAAGUCUAACAUCAAAAUAUGUUGGUGAAGGAGAGAAACUAGUGCGUGCUCUUUUUGCAGUAGCCAGAGAACUCCAACCUUCUAUAAUUUUUAUAGAUGAAGUGGAUAGUCUCUUAUGUGAAAGAAGAGAAGGUGAACAUGAUGCUAGUAGACGUUUAAAAACAGAAUUUUUAAUAGAGUUUGAUGGUGUACAGUCUUCAGGAGAAGACCGAAUACUUGUAAUGGGAGCAACUAACAGGCCACAAGAGCUUGAUGAUGCUGUUCUCAGGCGAUUCAUCAAACGAGUGUAUGUAUCUUUACCAAAUGAAGAGACACGACUGCUUUUACUAAAAAAUCUUUUGAGCAAGCAAGGAAAUCCAUUAACCCAAAAAGAGUUGGCACAGCUAGCUAGAAUGACAGAGGGAUACUCAGGGAGUGACCUAACAGCAUUAGCAAAGGAUGCAGCACUGGGCCCUAUAAGAGAACUAAAACCAGAGCAAGUGAAGAACAUGUCUGCCAGUGAGAUGAGAAAUAUCAAAUUGUCAGACUUCACUGAGUCCUUGAAGAAAAUAAAGCGCAGUCUCAGCCCACAGACCCUGGAAGCUUAUAUUCGCUGGAACAAGGACUUUGGAGACACAACAGUUUAAUAUGCAUAUUUGUCAAAGGAAGGGAAGAAUGUUGCCAGCAAGGGACGGUUGAUGCAAACUGCUGCUGGAAUGUGACCAGAGUUUACAAGACUUUAUAGAACUCUAAAUAUCUGCACUAAACCAGGGAACUGACUUAAGGAAAAAAUGAAUAAAAUAGGUUGAUCAACAUCUCAAAAAUUUUAACAUCUGGAUUUGCAGAACCCAGGGCACUGUAAGAUAGAGCACAGUAAUAAUGACACAGGGGAAGAACUCUAGCAAUUGAACAAUGGUAGAAAAUGCAAUUUGUAUAUUUUGUUGAUGAAGUAUUCCAGUAGGAUUCUCAGUUGGGAAAACCCUUUUUUAAUUUGCUUAUGACAUUUGCUUUUGCUUUGUUCUUGUAAACUAAUUGUAAGAGUAUGAGUCAUUCUCUCUCUCUUUUUUUUACCUAUGUAUCAAUAAUGUGCCAAAUAAAAACACUUCAUAUGCAUCAGGAAGGACAGCAUUGUGAAUACUGGGACACAAAGAAAC